GGCUUCCGCGCCGCCGACGAGAUCCGCUCCCUCCCCGGCUGGUCCCAGGCCUUGCCAUCGAAGCAGUACUCUGGCUCCAUCGCGCUCGCCGACGGGUCGGGCAUCCGCUACUGGCUCGUGGUCGGCGAGGGCGACUGGGAGCGCAAGCCGCUCGUGCUCUGGGUCCAGGGCGGCCCCGGCGGGAGCAGCCUCGAGGGCAUGUGGACCGAGAACAUGGGCCCGUUCGCGGUCGCGGCGGACGGCGCGCUCGAGCGGUCGGCGUCGGGCGGCUGGUCGACGGAGGCGACGAUGCUCUUCUGGGAGAUGCCCGCGGGCGUCGGGUUCAGCACGUGCGCCGCGCGGGGCUGCCCGACGUACGACGACACGAAGUUCGAGGCGCAGGCGACGGAGUUCUUCUGCGAGUUCUUCGCCGCGUUCCCCGCGCUGGCGCCGCUCGACUUCUUCAUGACCGGCGAGAGCUACGGCGGCGUCUACGUCCCCCUCGCGGCCCUGGGCUUCGUCGAAGCCGGCUGCGCCGCCGCCGCGCCCAGACUCGUCGGCGCGAUGAUCGGCAACGGCUGCACGGGCACGGCCAUCGGCCCCUGCGGGCCGGACCGCGCGGCCAACACCUUCGACCAGCUCGCGGACCGGGCCAUGGUCGCGCCGGCGACGGCGGAGCGCGUGCGCGGCGCCUGCCCGGAGGGCUUCCUCGGGGCCGACGACGCCUGCGAGCGGGCCCUGCGCGCCGCGUCGGCCGAGGCCGGCCGCUACGACACCUACGACGUC